UUAAAAGGUGUUUUUUUACAAAAAAAAUUAUAAAAGGUGUUUCUUUACAAAAAAGUGGUUUUAAAAGGUGUUUCUUUGCAAAUUUCCCUUCUAUCUAUACUUAAUUAAUCUCAUUGGUCAGUAGUACACAGUACAUUAUCUCACAUUCUACUCUAGCUGGAUAUCUCAUCUCCCUCCAUAAAACCUGUUUUCCAGUGGGCCUUUUCUCUUCAUCAUUCAUUUCUAAAAACAAAAAUAAAUCUAUUUUCUUUCUUCCAUUAUUAUUAUUAUUUAUUAUGCUCCUUCCUUUUUUCAACAAAAAUACAGUAAAACCAUGAAAGAAGAUGAAGAUCAUCAGCACCGACAUUACCAUCAUCGGAGAAGAUUCUGGAAGCUUUCUUCAACCUAUCUGCGUAACCAUAAACACACGGCGUACACUAUGCUCCUCAUCUUAACCUACGCUUUCGGUUAUUUUACCGCCUUUUCUUCUCUCUACUCAAAACAGAGUUCUAAAACUCUUUCAACCACCAUUAACUGUCCACCUCCAACCCGAACCCGGUCAUGGAUCCUCCAUAAAUACAACGAUCACAACCGAUUCGGACCCGAAUGUAAAAACCCAGUUCCACCUGAGUUGAUUCGGUCAACGAUUUUAAAAAAGGUUUACAAUGGAAAAUCUCCUUAUACAAACUUCCCACCGGCCCAUUGGGCUAAGUUGAUUCAGCCCAAGAGUAUAACAGGGUGGGGUUCAUACGGUGCCGUUUUUGAGAAUCUAAUAAAGAAGGUUCGACCCAAGGUGAUUAUAGAGAUUGGAAGUUUCUUAGGCGCGUCAGCAACUCACAUGGCUGAGUUGACUCGUAACCUCGGAUUAGAAACUCAGAUAUUAUGUAUAGAUGAUUUUCGAGGUUGGCUUGGGUUUCGAGAUCAGUUUAAGUAUGUAGGGAUGGAAAACGGUGACGUUUUGUUGUUAGCUCAGUUUCUUCAAAAUGUAGUGAGUCUUAACUCGACUGAGUCAAUACUACCGAUUCCAUUCUCAACAGGGACAACUUUGGAUAUACUUUGUAAAUGGGGGAUAAUGGGGGAUUUGAUUGAAGUUGAUGCGGGCCAUGAUUUUCAUUCAGCUUGGGUUGAUAUUAAUUUGGCCCAUAAAUUACUUAAGCCUGGUGGGGUCAUGUUUGGGCAUGAUUAUUUUAACGGCUAUGAUAGACAAGGUGUUAGGAGAGCCGUUGAUUUAUUUGCUAAGGUUCAUGGGUUUAACGUUAGUGUUGAUGGUGAGCAUUGGGUUAUUGUGUAAUAACUUAUCUCAGAUCUUUUUUUUCUUUGGAUGAUUCAUUUGAAUUUGGAAGUUUUUUGAAAUAAAAGUUGCUUGCUUUGUUUGUAGUAA